CAUCAACUUUGUGCCGUCUCUUACAACUGCUAUUUUUGGUUUUAUCGACGCUCCUUGUUCAUACAUGGAUACGGACGCGGGUACAUUUGAUAUACGGGCAAAAAUCCUCCAGAACACACUUGCAGAAGUCGCAUCAACAAGAAACCCGGCACAGUCCGAUACCCCAAACGAAACAUGUUGCGUCAUUUGCCUUGAUAAUAUCACCGAGGUUUGCGAGGCGAGGCCUUGCAGUCAUCGAAACUUCGACUACCUAUGUCUUCUUAGCUGGCUUGAGCAACAAACCAAGUGUCCGCUUUGUAAGAGCAACAUCGAUGAGGUCUGGUACGACUUUGAGAGUGAUAGGCCAAAUGCGAAGAGCAGGGUAUACCUAGUUCCUCGUCCAAAGGAGCCAGCACAACAGCGCAUACAGUCACAAACUCCAUCACAUCGAUCGCGAUAUGUUGGUCCGAGGCCAAAUCGACGACGAUACGAAGAGGCGCCUCCACAAAGGUUGACUGUAGACGAAGCUCUCCUCCGCCGUCAAGAUGUUUACCGGAAUCAACUCUAUUCUCUACAUGUGGGAUCCAACUUAAGGUCAGGCUAUCGAGACUUGACUCCGCAGAUGUUCGAAUCGGACCCCGAGAUGAUUUCAAGAGCAAGAACAUGGAUAAGAAGGGAACUGCAAGUCUUCGAGUUCCUUCGCACUCCGCCCACUGCCCAAUCGAGCGACGAUGCGAUGACGAGGAGGCGAGCGAACAACGCCGAGUUCCUGCUCGAAUACAUAGUCGCGAUUCUGAAAACAGUCGAUAUCCAAGGAAGUCAGGGGCAGGCUGAGGAAAUGCUGAAGGAUUUUCUAGGCCGCGAUCAUACCAAGUUACUUCUUCAUGAACUCAAGAACUUCCUGCGUAGCCCUUGGUCGUUGGAGGCUUGGGAUCGCAAGGUGCAGUACCCCACGGCAAAGAAGCGGUCAAUUGAAGAUGAUGAUGAGGACCAAGAAAGUGGUUAUCAAGGCAAUGCGAGGCAUCGGAGACGAACGCCAGAUGAGAGCUCCGAUAGGCGAAAACGGUACGCAGGCGAUUCAUAUCGACCUACUUACUCCAGUCAUCACCAUAGAAGAAUAGAACAAGUACGCCAAUAUAACCCAGAUUAAACACUUCAA